UCCUGAAAGAGUAAAUAUGCGUGAGAGAGGAUUUCAGCUGGAACGUGCAGAGCUUUCUCUGCAACCUGACUGACCUGAGGUAUAAAAUGCUGGGCUUAACCGUAAUAUAUCAGCCGAGGGAGGCCUGUGAGCUGAUCGCCGAGGAGGCGAGCGCCGAUAAGGAGUUGGUAAAGCGGCUUGAAGGGGUCGUCGUCCACUGGUUGAGGCAAAUCAGGAUCGCCCUCGGGGACCAGGAUCAGAGCACUGUGGGAGAGUUGCUCUGCUUUAAGGACGAGUAUGACUUCUGGCUCUACCGCUAUGAUAACCUACGCGGACUAAGGCAGCAGCUCGAGACAAAGUGCUCUCGAGGAGUACUGUCCGUCUUGGGCUUGGCGCACUCGACGCACCUGCGACAACUCCAGCUGCUCAUCGAGGAGAUCGAGCGAGCUACUCGAGAGGCCAAGUCCAACGUCGAGUUCCUGGCUAUGCUCGAGGAGCCCUGUCUUCGCGGUCUAGGCGAUUCUCGUCGUCCGAUCGACUUACUCGACCGUCUGGCCGAGGUCAUUCAAAUUUCCCGCGUCAUCUGGAUGAACUCGCCCUACCUCGGCAACGAGCGCAGGAUGACCAGGCUGUUCGAGGUCAUCGGUAACCAGGUCAUCGAGGUCUGCCGGAACGCCGUCAACCUGGACGAACUGUUCUCCGGGAUGACCAGGAAGACCAUGGAGAUGCUCCUCGAGAGCAUCGACGUCUGUCAGCGCUACAAGGAUCUUUACCACGAGAUCUCGAGGGCCCAUAACAAGCUGACGCAUCACAAGUGGGAGCUGAGGAGCGAGCAAGUUUUUCGAUACGUGGACGCGUUCGUCGUCAGGUGCCAGAACCUCGUUGAGAUUUCGCAGGCGAUGAUCGACUUCGCCAGAAUGGAUGAAACAAACGAGAUGCCCCGUAUACGAUUCAAUGGAACCAAAGGCCCCGAGCACGAACGAAUGUGUCUGAAGAUUGAGCAGCGCUUUAGUGAGCUAUUAUCCUGGCUGCGACGGAUCUCCCCUAAGAUCCUGGAUGUCCGUCAGUCAACCUGGUACGACGACAUGUCGCUUUUUCGAAGCGAGAUUAGGAAACUCGAGCUGGCCGUGGAAAACCUCAUGGAAGACGCGUUCGAGGAAGCUGGAAACAUCGAGGAUUCCUUGCAGACGCUCCAUGGAUUCCGGUAUUUCAUGCGCCGUGAGAACCUGCAAAAACAAUUUGACAUGAAGAUCGGCAUUAUCUGGCAGAUGCUGGACACCGAGAUUCAGACGACAAAGCAAGAAAUUAUAUCGGAAAAGUCCGAGUACCCGUCGUUCAGCCCAUACUUCGCAGGUCGUGCCUUAAAUCUCAAAAUGAAGUCCGACAGGCUAACGAGACUGUCCCUUCAAUUGCGCGAGUGCACGUGGCAACGAUCCGGUGACCCUACAGGCAACGAGGCUCACGCCAAGGCCUUUCAUCACUGCAACGCUCUCGUCGAGUCUAUCGCCGGCCAGAUUGCCGAUCUCUAUCGCAAAUGGCUCGCCGAGCUCGGCGAUAAUCCGCAGAGCCGGCUCGAUCGUUACCUCAUGCGCCGCGUUUCCGAUGCUUGCGGUGCUGAUGAUAAGGCUCGGCUGCUCGAGUGCAACGUCGAUCCGCGACUGUUGAGCCUCUGUAAGGAGGCCGGUUAUUGGCUCGAUCUCCGAUUCGAGCUACCGGUCAGCGUCCAGCUGAUAAACGGCCGCUGGAGAAGCCUACAGUUCGUCUACGAGAACGUCCUGGCCAUCGUCGGAGCUUACAACAAGAUCAUCCAAGCACUGUCCGACGAAGAAAAGCCUCUUUUUCGUGAACUUAUUCGUCAAGUUGAUAAGAAAAUUCGGCCAGGCUUAACUAAACUCACGUGGAAAUCUGACUACAUCGAAGAUUACAUUAAAGAUUGCAACACCCAAACGGCCAAAUUACAGGAAUUUAUAGACACAUACAAAAAAUGCAACCUUGAAAUUUUCAAAAUUUGUGAAAGCAUUUGUGGUGUAGUCAUGAUUAAAAUUAGACACAAUCAUGUUUAUGAAUUAGACGAACUACUUGACGAAAUGGAGACCUCAAGAAAUGAAGCUUUUGAUAUCUUCAUGGAAAAAUACAAACUGAUAGUAAAAUAUUUGUUGGUCGUUUACGAAGGAUUUCAACCAGUCAUAGAGCAUUGCUUGACUGAAUGGAAACUAUAUCUGCUGAACUUUGAUAAAUUAUUAAAGGAAGCUUUCAAGCUCUCGAUAAAAAAUUCUUUAUUAAUCAUGUAUGAAUCUCUGCACGGAGAUGGCACGGUAUCUCCCUCUCCUAUCCUUCAGCUCAAAGCCGAUUUAGUGAACAAUAAGAUCAAUUUCACUCCGUCGUUGACUGACGUAGCGCAGAUGGUUUCCAAUUUUUUUCACAAACUUCUAGAUUUAUUGAAAAUAAUUCCUAGCGUAGUGGAAAAGUUUGAAUUACACGAUUUCCAAACUAAGCCUUACUGGAAAGCAUAUCUCGAGGACGAGGACCUCGAUCGAUCGCGACAGAUGUCGAACAACGAAGUUUCUUAUUGCUUCACACAAGUGCAGAACUACUUGACAACGUGGGAGCCUUUUCGGGACAUAUGGGAGGUCAACAAAGAUUUAUUUAUUCAGAGAUACGAAAAGCUAAAGCCGACAGUUGCCUUGUUCGACGCGGACAUCGGCAGGUAUGCGGAAGUGGCGAAUAAUGUACAAAUGCAGGAGACCGUUGUGACAGUCCAUUUUUUGGAGAUAAACGUGGAUCGAUUGAAAGCUGCAAUCGUCCAGCAGUGUAGCCUGUGGCAGCAAAAAUUGACUGGAUUGCUGCUGGAAUUGACGGAAGGGAAGGUUCAUCACAUUUACAAAUAUGUCGCGGACAAUGGGAAGAGAAUAACGAAGGAGCCGAUGGAUCUCAUCACCAUGCAAGCCGCAUUGCAGUUGUUCGAGAGACUCGCCGCUGAAAUUCCAAUGGAAGAAAAAGAAUUCCCUACUAUACGCCAACAGUACGAGACUUUAGAAAAAUAUGAAGUAUCUAUGACAUUGGAACUGAAAAGGAAAAUACGAGACCUUGAUGAGUGCUGGACUUCUUAUUUGGAACUUGUAGCAGUGUGCGAACUUACAUUACUGCAGAAAAAGGAAGAAUUUAAAAACAAAUUAAUCAAAGAGGAUAACGUUCUAAAAGAAAAUGUAAAGAAUUUGCUUCAAAAGUUUUACGAAAGUGCUCCAUUUACUUCGGACUGGAAGACAAAGGAUGCGAGAGCUUGGUUACAAAAUAUGCGAAAAAAGGUGAAUAAGACAAGAGACCAAUUAAACAAGUUGAAGAAAGAUUUGUCAAUAUUCAGUAUUAGCCAACCAGAUUCAACGGAAUUAAAUACUUUACUAUCGGAACUAACUGCAUUGGAGCUCGUUUGGGAGUUAACAGACGAAUGGGAAGCAGCGUGGAAACGUUACAAAUAUGGCAAUUUCUGGUCAAUCGAAAUAGACGAAAUGGAUGAAACAGCUAAUGUUUUAUUUCGCAAAUUGACGAGAUUAAGUCGUGAAUUAAAAGAGAAAAAUUGGAGUAUAGUGGAUUCCACGCGAUCAAGAGUAGACAAUUUCCGUCGAACUCUACCCCUCAUCAUAGACUUGAAGAAUCCUGCAAUGAGAGAUCGUCAUUGGACAAAAGUUAUGCAGUCGAUGGGAACGGAUUUCGAUCAGAAGUCUGAUGAAUUCACUCUAGACGCUAUAGCAGCAAUGCAGAUGCACAAUUUUGCUGAAGAAAUCGCUGACAUAUCUAAUUCGGCUACUAUGGAACUCGCAAUUGAGACGGGUUUGAAAAACAUUUCCGAGAUAUGGAAAGCAAUGCCGCUAAUCAUGGUUCCCUACAAAGAAAAUGGAAUAUACAGGUUAAAAACAGUAGAUGACAUCAUGCAAGCUUUAGAAGAGCACCAAGUGCAGCUAUCUGCGAUGAAAUCGACAAAGUUUGUCGAUGCUUUCGCUGCCGAAGUUGAUUACUGGGAGCGAGCUUUAUCGACGGUCGGAGAAAUUCUAGAAAUGGUAUUAAGUGUUCAGAAAAGCUACAUGUACUUGGACAACAUCUUCAGCGCGGAAGACAUCAGAAAGCAGCUGCCUCAAGAGACGGAUGAUUUUGACAAACUGACCGCCUCGUGGAAGGAGAUAACUUGGCGAAUGGCCUCGAGUAAACUCGCACUGCAAGCUACUCUUGAACCACCCGGCUUACUCGAUACCCUGAACGAACUGAACAACAAGUUGGAAGCCAUUCAAAGAGAGCUCGAGCAAUACCUCGAAACAAAGAGGCACGUCUUCCCGAGAUUCUACUUCAUCUCGAAUGACGAUCUUCUCGAGAUUCUCGCUAAUUCAAAGAAGCCCGAGUUGAUUCAGCCCCACAUAAAAAAGCUUUUCGACGGCAUCAAGCACAUAAAGCUCGGCAAGUCGGUAUCGGGAAAAGCCGUUGCAGAAGGAAUGUCGUCUUCGGAAGGCGAGUACACGGAAUUUCUGGAACCAGUGCUUCUCGAGGGACAAGUAGAAGUUUGGCUCUGUUACAUCGAGUCGGCGAUGCGGAGAACUCUGCGCGAGGUUUUACGGCAGUGCCGAGCGGCCCUGCGAAAAAUGUCAGCAAAACGGGACAAGUGGGUGAAGGAGUGGCAGAGUCAGUCCGGAAUAACGUCCACUCAGAUACAGUGGACCAGCGAUUGCACACGUGUCCUGCAGCAAUGCAAGCUGCUCGAGUCGAAAAAGCCUUUAAAAAAGCUAAAGAAACGGCAGAACCAAGCGCUGGCCAAGUAUUCCGAGGCUGUGAGGGGAAAGCUCGACAGGCUGCAGAGGCUCAAGUUUAAAGCCAUCGUCGUCAUUGAGAUUCACGCCAGGGACGUUAUCGAGAGGAUGUACAAGUCCAAUUGUCGAGACGUUUCCUCGUUCGAAUGGUUGUCCCAAUUGCGCUUCUACUGGGACAGGGACGUCGACGACUGCGUCGUUCGCCAGACGAACACCUCCUUCGUCUACGGCUACGAGUACCUUGGAAAUUCCGAACGACUCGUCAUCACCCCGUUGACCGACAGAUGUUACAUAACACUGACAACGGCGCUGCACUUGCAUCGAGGCGGCAGCCCGAAAGGUCCGGCGGGUACCGGCAAGACGGAGACCGUCAAAGACCUCGGCAAAGCCCUCGGCUUUAACGUCAUCGUGGUGAAUUGCUCCGAGGGCCUCGACUACAAGAGCAUGGGACGAAUGUUUUCCGGGCUCGCGCAAACCGGCGCCUGGGGAUGCUUCGACGAAUUCAAUAGAAUCAACAUCGAAGUUCUGUCGGUGGUGGCCCAGCAGAUUCUCUCGAUAUUAACAGCCCUCUCGCAAAAGCUGACUAGAUUCGUCUUCGAAGGGACGGAAAUUUCCCUGGUUAGUACGUGCGGGAUUUUCAUAACGAUGAAUCCGGGCUACGCUGGUAGGACCGAGCUGCCGGACAACUUAAAAUCAAUGUUUCGACCCAUUUCCAUGAUGGUGCCGGACAGCAGCAUGAUAGCGGAAAUCAAUUUGUUCGGCGAGGGCUUUCAGAAUACACGUUCUCUUGCAAAGAAGGUGGAUACGCUGUAUGCCCUGGCCAAACAGCAACUUAGCAAACAGUUUCAUUACGAUUUUGGACUUCGUGGAAUAGUGACUCUGACUAGGUAUGCUGGGAAGAAAAGAAGACAGUACCCGAACCUUCCUGACGAAGAAGUCGUUAUUCUGGCGAUGAAAGACAUGAACAUAGCGAAACUCACUACGGACGAUCUGCCACUCUUCAUAGGAAUAACAUCCGACCUUUUCCCGGGCAUUCAAGUACCAACCGUCGACUACGACGAGCUCAUUGGUUACAUAACUAACGAAGCAAUCAAGCUGAAGUUGCAGCCUAUCCCGGCGCUUAUCACCAAAGUAAUCGAACUUUACGAGACGAAAAACUCACGGCAUUCGACAAUGAUAGUCGGCCAAUCGAAUACAGGCAAGUCGGCCACAUGGCGGACCCUACAGAACACACUGACGACAAUGAAGAGAGACGGAAAGCCGGGCUUUAACGUCGUGCAUGAAUUUCCUAUCAAUCCCAAGGCCCUGAAUCUUGGCGAAUUAUAUGGAGAAUAUAAUUUAUCGACGGGCGAAUGGUCCGACGGGGUGAUUUCGUCGAUAAUGCGAAAAACUUGCGCCGACCAAAGCCCGGACGAAAAGUGGAUCAUAUUUGACGGACCGGUUGACGCUGUUUGGAUUGAAAAUAUGAAUAGUGUCAUGGAUGACAAUAAAAUAUUGACGCUGAUCAACAACGAUCGCAUUACUCUACCGGAACAAGUUUCACUUCUCUUCGAAGUCGAAGAUCUGGCCGUAGCUUCCCCAGCCACGGUUUCUCGUGCCGGUAUGGUUUACAACGAUUACAAGGAUCUCGGUUGGAGGCCUUAUGUCGACUCGUGGCUGGAAAAAUAUAAGAACCAACCGGAAUUCAUCGAGGAGAUGAACCAGCAUUUCGACACUUACGUUGACAAAGUCCUCGAGUUCAAAAGGAGCCAGUGCAACGAGCUCAUUACGCUUCCGGAACCUAAUGCCGUGCAAUCACUUUGUAAACUCCUCGAGGUCCUGGCCACGCCGCAGAAUGGAGUUGAGCUAUUAGACGACCGGGACGCUUUUAACAGCAUGUGUAAAUUAUGGUUUUUCUUCUGCAUGAUCUGGUCACUGUGCGCUUCCGUGGACGAGGAGGGCCGGCAAAAAAUGGAUAAUUUCGUGCGGGAGAUGGAGGGCGCCGGCUUUCCCCUCCGCGACACGGUCUACGAAUAUUACGUCGACGUCCGACAACGUGGCUUCGUCUCCUGGGAAGAAAAAUUGUCGCCCUCCUGGAAGUUCCCUACUGGAACGCCCUUUUACAAGAUCACGGUACCGACGGUGGACACGAUCCGCUACGAUUACCUCGUCAAUGUGCUGCUGACCAACGGAUUUCCAGUUUUGCUGGUCGGACCCGUUGGCACUGGAAAAACGUCCACUGCUCAGUCGGUGGUUGGUGCCUUGGAUCCGCACAAGUACAGCCUGCUCGUGCUGAACAUGUCGGCGCAGACUUCGUCGAGAAACGUUCAGGAGGCGAUCGAGAGCCGAGUGGAGAAACGUACGAAGGGGAUCUUCGUGCCCGGCGGUGGUAAAACAAUGAUCGCCUACAUGGACGACUUCAACAUGCCUAUGAAAGACACUUACGGCUCUCAACCGCCCCUGGAGCUCAUUCGGCAGUGGAUCGGUUACGGAUUUUGGUACGACCGUCAGAAUCAGAGCCAAAAGUUCGUUCAGAAAAUGCAACUGAUCGGCUCGAUGGGCCCGCCCGGAGGUGGUAGGAACACGGUAACGAACAGGCUGAUCUCCAAAUUCAACCUCGUCAACAUGACGUUUCCCGCGGAGAAGCAAAUCGCGAGGAUAUAUGGCACGAUGCUGAAUCAGCAGUUAUUAGAUUUUCACCAAGAAGUCAAGGCUCUCGCGAGCGACAUCACAAUGGCCACGAUAGGCAUGUACAAUAGCGUCGUUCUUCACAUGCUGCCCACACCGAUGAAGAUGCAUUACUUGUUCAACUUGCGGGACAUUUCGAAGGUCUUUCAAGGCCUGCUGCGCAGCCAUAAAGACUACCAAUACUCGAAGCAGAGCUUCCUGCGCCUCUGGAUUCACGAGACCUUCCGCGUCUUCAACGAUCGACUCGUCGACGAUCAGGACAGAGAAUGGUUUGUUUCUGCGCUGAACGAGCAGCUCGGUCAAUACUUUGAAUCAACAUUUCACGGGCUUUGUCCGGAAAAAAGGUGUCCAAUUUUCGGGAGCUUUAUGAACGCUUGGAACAUCUACGAAGACCUGAGGGACGUCGGUGCCGUACGCAGCUACGCCGAGGGCCAGAUGGACGAGCACAACGCGACGGCCGGCGUCGUUCGUCUUGACCUCAUACUUUUCCGGGACGCCGUCGAGCACAUAUGCCGCAUCGUGCGUGUAAUAUCGGAGCCACGAGGCAACAUGCUGCUGGUCGGAAUCGGUGGAAGUGGGCGGCAGUCCCUCUCGCGUCUGGCCGCUUACAUGUGCGAGCUGACAACCUUCCAAAUCGAGGUUUCGAAGCAUUACCACGUGCCGGAAUUCCGCGAGGACCUCAAAAGCCUCUACUACUUGGCGGGCGUCGAAAACAAGCCUUCGAGCUUCCUCUUCAAUGACACUCAAAUCGUCGAGGAGCAGUUCCUCGAAAUCGUGAACAACAUGCUCAGCACCGGGGAAAUCGCUAGUUUGUACAAGAGCGACGAGCUCGAGGACAUUAAAAACAAGCUGUCGAAGGACGCCACAAAGGCCGGAAUAAGCCCGACGGCCGAGGCGAUAUAUCAGUUUCUGAUCCAGCGGGUGCGGGCGAACCUACACGUGAUCCUGUGCAUGAGCCCGAUCGGCGACGCUUUCCGAAACAGAUUGCGCCAAUAUCCGGCGCUGAUCAACUGCACGAGCAUCGAUUGGUUCCACGAGUGGCCGAGGGAAGCGCUCCUCGAAGUCGGUAACAAGUUCCUCAUGAAUCUUGAUUUUACUCUGACCAUUACCGGGGACAAGAGGACCGAGGAAGUGGCAAGCGAAACACCAGCGGCUCUGCUCGAGGACCAAAUGCGCGGCGCCAUUGCUUCGACCUUUUCCUUGAUUCACGACACAGUCUCCCAAUUUUCCCGGCGAAUGUCCGUAGAGAUGAAACGUUACAACUACGUGACGCCUACGAAUUUCCUCGAGCUGGUCGCCGGAUAUAAACAAAUGCUCGGGGAGAAGCGGCUCGAGUUGUCGGAGCAGGCGAAUAAGCUGCGCAACGGGCUGUUCAAGCUCGACGACACCAGGGAAAAAGUGAACGAGAUGGCGGUGGAGCUUGCGGCGACGCAGCAACAGGUCCAGCGCUCGACGGCCGAGUGCGAGGAGUACCUCGUGAGCAUCGUAAGUCAGAGGCGCGACGCCGACGAGACGCAGAAGCUCGUUACAGCGAGAUCGGUGAGGAUAGCCGAGGAGUCCAAAGUCUGCAAGAGGCUCGAGGAGAUUGCCCGAGCCGACCUGGCCACCGUCGAGCCCGCUCUGCAAGAGGCCAUGAUGGCUUUGGACGCUUUGAGUAAGAAGGAUAUAUCGGAAAUCAAGUCGUUCACCAGACCUCCGGCCAGAGUCGAAAUGGUGCUGGAAGCGGUGAUGAUUCUGAAAAAUUCCGAACCCACGUGGGCCGAAUCUAAACGGCAACUAGGAGAUGUCAAUUUCAUAAACACGCUUAGGGACUUCGACAAGGACCACAUCUCUGACAAAACGCUGCGCACCAUCAGCAAGUACACUUCCAAUCCCGAAUUCGAACCGGAAAAAGUCGGCAUCGUGUCCAACGCUGCGAAAUCUCUGAGCAUGUGGGUCAUCGCCAUGGAGCAGUACGGAAAGCUUUACAGAAUCGUGGCGCCGAAACGGGAAAAACUUGAAGCCGCGCUGGCAUCUCUACGCGAGAAAGAAACUGCUUUAGCCGAGGCGAGAGCGCAAUUGCAAAAGUUGCAAGAGGAGUUGGAGCGACUGCAGCAAGUGUACGACGCGAAGAUGAAGGAAAAAGAAGACUUAAUUAGCUUGGAGGAGUUAUUGAAGUUGAAGUUGGAGCGCGCAGCUAUGUUAGUGGAUGGUCUCUCCGGAGAGAGGGUCAGAUGGGAGAGCAGCGUUCGGGAACUCGACGGCUUGUUCGAUUCGUUGCCGGGCGAUUGCCUAAUUGCUACCGCUUUCGUCUCCUACCUGGGACCCUUUGUUUCUAAUUACAGGGAUGAGCUCGUGCGCAUCUGGACUGCAGAGGUUCUCGAGAAAGAGAUUCCAAGUUCGCGGAGUCUCGACGUGAAGGAAUUUUUGAGCGACCCUACGACGAUCCGAGAAUGGAACAUCCAGGGCUUGCCGUCGGACGACUUUAGCACUGAGAACGGAAUAAUCAUCACGAGGGGCACGAGGUGGCCACUUGUUAUCGAUCCGCAAGCUCAGGCCGCUAAAUGGAUUAGGAACAUGGAGACGAAGAACACGCUGCGAAUCAUCGACUUCGGACAGCCGGAUUUCGCGAAAAUCCUCGAACACGCAAUUCAGUUCGGAAAACCGGUUUUACUUCAAAACGUGGGAGAGACUCUAGAGCCUGUGAUGGAUUCCGUGCUUCAAAAAGCUUUUAUUAAAACAGGCAACCAAGUGAUGAUUAAAUUCAACGACAAAAUGAUCGGCUUCAACGACAAGUUCCGGCUGUUCAUCACGACGAAACUCUCGAACCCGCACUACGCCCCCGAGAUAUCGACGAAAACCACCCUCUGCAACUUCGCCAUCAAGGAACAAGGUCUGGAGGCUCAACUGCUCGGCAUCGUCGUCAGGAAAGAAAAGCCUCAGCUCGAGGAACAAAAGGAUAAUCUGGUCCUCACCAUUGCCACCGGAAAACGCAACCUGAAAGAGCUCGAGGACAAAAUCCUCUACUUACUGAGCGUGACGUCCGGCUCUCUCCUUGAUGAUUUGGACUUGCUCACGACUCUGCAAACUUCUAAAAGCACGGCUAUUACGAUUCAGGAGUCGUUAGUGGUAUCCGAGGAGACCGAGAAAGAGAUCGACGCCGCGAGAGAAGGCUAUCGAGCCUGUUCCAAGAGGGCGUCGCUGCUUUUCUUCGUUUUGAACGACAUGAGCUUGAUAGAUCCGAUGUAUCAGUUUUCCCUGGACGCUUACAUAUCGCUGUUCAGCAUUUCGAUCGACAAGAGUCCGAAGAGUUCGGAUCUAAGUGAGAGGAUAGAUUCGUUGAACGGUUACCAUACUUACGCUCUGUACAGAAACACUUGCAGAGGUCUGUUCGAGCAGCACAAACUUCUGUUCUCGUUCCACAUGUGCAUAAAGAUCCUCGAAGCACAGGACAAAAUUUACCAAUCCGAGUACUCGUUCUUACUGACUGGCGGUAUUGUCGUAGACCGUGAGAGCCAGCCCGAUAAACCGGUAGCCUGGUUGCCGGAUGAAUCCUGGGACAGCAUAACCGAACUCGAGAAACUGCCCGGUUUUCACGGACUCGUCGAGUCUUUCGAACAAUCACCGCGUGAUUGGCACAAAUGGUACUUGGCGAACGAUCCGGAAACCGAGCCACUGGUGGGCGAGUGGGAGGACCGCUGCAACGAGUUCCAGAAGAUGCUGAUAAUCCGCAGUUGUCGCGCGGAUCGCAUGACGAGCUGUCUGCGCAGCUUCAUCGUGCGCAAUCUCGGGCAAGCUUUUGUCGAGCCGCCGGUACUCGACGUCAAGGCCGUCCUCGAUGACUCCACCGCCCGCACACCCCUGAUAUUCGUCCUGUCACCGGGUGUCGAUCCCACCGGCGCACUCAUGCAGCUCGCCGAGAACCAUGACAUGGCUCACAGGUUCAUGACGCUGUCGCUCGGCCAAGGACAGGCACCAAUUGCAACGAGGAUGAUCGAAAUCGGUUCCAAGGAAGGCGCCUGGGUAUUUCUGGCAAACUGCCACUUAUCAUUAAGCUGGAUGCCGAAGCUAGACAAAAUCGUCGAGAAUUUGGGCAACAGCAAAGACGUACAUCCCGAAUUCAGACUCUGGUUAAGCUCGAGUCCGACCCCGCAGUUCCCAAUAUCGAUCCUCCAGGCCGGAAUAAAGAUGACGACGGAGCCCCCGAAAGGUCUGAGAGCCAACAUGAAACGUCUCUACGGGCUGAUAAGCGAGCCGCAAUUCGAAAUUUGCAAUGCCAAAGCCAAGUACAAGAAGCUCCUCUUUGCGCUCGUAUUUUUCCACUCGGUCCUGCUCGAGCGAAAGAAAUUCCAGCAGCUCGGCUGGAACGUCAUUUACAGCUUCAAUGAUUCGGAUUUCGAGGUCUCGGAGAAUCUGCUGCAAGUCUAUCUGGACGAGUACCCGGAGACACCGUGGGACGCUUUGAAGUACCUGAUCGCGGGCAUCUGCUACGGGGGUCACGUGACCGACGACUGGGAUCGUCGACUGCUGAUGGCUUACGUCGAGGACUACAUGAACGAGUCGCUGCUGAACGUGAGCCACUAUCGGCUCUCGUCACUGCCGACGUACCACGUGCCACGUGACGGCUCCCUCGAGACCUACCGAGAUUUCAUCAACGCUUUGCCGAUGACUGACAGACCCGAAGCUUUCGGACAACAUCCCAACGCUGACAUAACGUCCCUCAUCAUAGAGACGAGACUGACCUUCGAGACGCUGAUGAGCUUGCAGAUGCAGGUUGUCGACAGCGCGGAGACCAUGUCCACCGAAGACCGGGUGAUCCAGCUCUCCCAGGACAUAAUAUCCAAGCUUCCGAAACCAAUCGACUACGAGCGCACCGAGCGCCUUAUAGGCCCGUACAAGAAGCCCCUGGACGUAGUUCUCCUCCAAGAAAUCAUUCGCUACAAUGACCUACUGUACCAGACCCGUUCGAGUCUAGAAGAACUCUGCCGAGCGAUUCAGGGCCUGGUCGUCAUGUCGUCCGAGCUCGAGGAAAUCUUCACCUGCGUCCAGGAGGGCCGUGUUCCGAGCGGCUGGUCCAGGGCCUACCCGUCGCUUAAAUCCCUCGGAGCCUGGACACGGGACCUGGUGCUCAGAGUCGAGCACUUCUCCAAGUGGGCCGAGACGACGCAGCCACCUGUGCUUUUCUGGCUGGCCGCCUUUACCUUCCCCACGGGAUUUCUCACGGCUGUGCUGCAAACCGCCGCGAGGCGCUCCGGCGUAUCCAUCGACACGCUCUCCUGGGAAUUCGACGUCUUUAAGGGUAAAGACGAGGCUGCGCUGCUGAUGACGCCGCCAGAGGACGGCGUUUACGUAAGAUCCAUGUUUCUCGAAGGCGCUGGCUGGGAUAGAAAGCUCGGAGCUCUUGUUGAUCCCGCCCCUAUGCAACUGUUUUGUAACAUGCCGGUUAUCCAUUUCAAACCAACGGAGCAGACGAGGAAGAAAACAAGAGGUCUGUACAGCUGUCCCUGUUACUACUAUCCACAACGCUGCGGAGACCAAGGCAGACCCGCCUACGUAGUUACGGUUGAUUUAAAUGCUGGCGCGGAAAGCGCUGCUUUCUGGACCAAACGGGGUACAGCUUUACUUUUAAGUCUUGCUACGUAAUUUACAAUGCUCUCAGGGUAUUGUUAUUUCUUAAGUGCUGCUUCUUCGAUUUAGUGAUAAUUUUGUCUUUGCAGACUUUUCUUAGGUUAUACGAAAUAAAUUUUAAUUUCUAUACAUUA